AUGAAACUGCUUUUCGUAGCAUUACUCUUUUUGUGUGUCGCUUGGUUCGCCGAUGCUUAUGAAUGUUACAUAUGCAAUAAUCUAAUGACUGGUGCUUGCGGUGAUCCCUUUGACAAGUCGAAAAUUAGCAACACCUCCAUAGUGGAAAUCGCGCCUUACGAACGCUGUGCAAAAUCUAAAAUUGGUACUGCUGUUCGAAGAACCAAAGUUAAUUCCACGGAGUGUCCAGGCGCUAAAAAUGGAUGUGAACCUAGAAUGGAUGAUGGUGUGAAAGCUAUGGUUUGUUGUUGCGAUUCAGACCUAUGUAAUCAAACUUCAUCUCUCCGGCAACCAAUUUGGCUCCUUCUAAUUGCACUAAUCAUAUGUGGUCUCUUCGUUCAAAGCUGA